AAAUGGGAAGGCUCCAGCAGAACUCGCCACUGGCUCCCUCCUGCCCUGCCCGCAGCUGGCAGCAUGAGGGGCACGGUGCUGGCACUGGGCUGCCUGGCUCUGCUGCUGCUGGCACAGCACGGGCAGGGCGAAGGCAGCAAGGUGAGGCUCUGCGGGAGAGAUUUCAUCAGAGCCGUGGUGUUCACCUGCGGCGGCUCCCGCUGGAAAAGGGAGCUCAGCGAGCAGCAGGAGCUGCGGGAGAGUGAGAACCUCCAGCAUUUCCCACACGAGGACGAGGGUGACUCUGACUUCUCAUCACAGCCAGAGCUGGGGAUCCACAGCAAAGAACCCCAGGAGGUCAAACCUGAGCAAGACUUGCAAAACAGCAGCAAAGCUUCUGUGCUGAACAAACGUGAGGCAGCUGAUCUGCUGGCCACAUCCUGCUGCAACGUGGGCUGCAGCAGGAGAGAGAUCAGCUCCCUGUGCUGAAAUGCAGCAGCUCAGGGUGGCACAGCUCCCAGGAUUAAAACAAUCAUGACAUGACCCACAGCUCUUCCAGUUGUGCUCUUUAAUUGUAGCUUUUGGGUGUUACAUGUCACAGUGCACAUCAGCAAGUGGCUUCAGGUUGUCUGCAUUUCACAGUUUUUACAGUGGAUUAAACUUUGAGUCAUGAGCACAUGAAGUGUUUCUUUAGCUUUGCAUCUGAAAUGUAAUAAAAUAAGCAAUUUGUGAUGGGUUUGUUCUCUGAAUCAGGGAAAUCUAACAGCAGGAAAUAGGGGCAGCAAAAGGUCUGGUUUCAGAUUCAGAGCAAGGUCAGUGGGGAAUAGCUGCACCAGGAGAGACUUGGGACCAUCAGCACCAGCCCCAAAACCAGGCAGGCAAAACUCAUGGUUUAUUUCCUACUCCAGAUGCUUCCAGCAAUGUCCCCUGGAGGAGAACAGG